AUGGCUACCAGACAGCGAAUUGCCACCACAGUUGUGGCCAAGAAGGACCUGCCCAAGGUCACUCACGAGGCCACUUCUCAACCUCAAUUCCCCGACAUCAAGACCAUCAAGGAUGCCAUCCCCGCGCACUGCUUCCAACCCUCACUUACCACCUCCUACUACUAUAUCAUCCGCGACUUCGCUAUUAUCGGCACCCUUGCCUGGGCUGCCCUUACCUAUAUCCCCGGCAUUAAGGACCAAUACCUCCGUAUCGCCGCCUGGAUGGCCUAUGGCUUCCUCCAGGGUCUUUUCUGCACCGGAAUCUGGAUUCUCGGUCAUGAGUGCGGCCACGGUGCUUUAUUUACCUAUAGCAAGCUCAAUAACAUAACCGGCUGGUUCCUCCACUCAUUCCUUAUGGUCCCCUAUUUUAGCUGGAAACCUCGAUAUGGCCUUUGUCCCCGCUCUAAGCCUAAGGCUUCUCUAUCCUUCUAUAUCGCUGGCAUAGAUGUUGCUGAGCUGAUCGAGGAUACCCCUAUUGCCCAGGCCGUCAAGCUCGUCUUCCACCAGCUCUUCGGAUGGCAGGUAUAUACCUUCUUUAAUGCCAGCGCUGGUAAGGGCAGUAAGCAAUGGGAGCCUAAAAGUACUUUCGCCAAAUGGCUCCGCGUUAGCCACUUCGAUCCCAUGAGCGCUGUCUUCCGUCCCGCCGAGGCUCCCUUUAUCAUCAUCAGCGAUAUUGGUCUCGGCCUCACUCUAACUGCUCUAUACUUUGCUUCCCAGAAGGUUGGCGUUUCUACUGUUUUCUACCUCUACCUCGUUCCCUACCUCUGGGUCCACCACUGGCUCGGCUGGACCUACGUUAAGGGUGCUCUCGCUACUGUUGACCGCGAGUUCGGCUUUAUUGGCAAGCACAUUUUCCACGGUGCCAUUGAGAAGCAUGUCAUUCACCACCUGUUCCCUAAGAUCCCUUUCUAUAAGGCUGAUGAGGCCACUGAGGCCAUCAAGCCCGUUAUCGGCGACCACUAUUGUCACGACGACCGUAACUUCCUGGGUCAGCUCUGGAGCAUCUUUGGUAGCCUCGAUUACGUCGAGCACGACCCCGCCAUUCCCGGUGCCUUGCGCUGGGCCAAGAAGAAGAUAUCUGAGUAG